GUGCGCGUCCGUAUUUUGCAGGCAACUGGCUUUCACAGCUGCUGUAAUUGCAGUUGCUGGAGAAAUUGGAGCUGCUGUAGUCGGCGCGCCCGCCCUCCCCCAUUGAGGAGAGCCACCGCCUCUUCGCUCGCUCUCCUUUUACACCUGAAGCCCAGAGCGGCGGGAGCCACUGUCUCUGGACCCACCGCCGCCUGCUGAGGAGGCUGCUCUGCGGGUCAUUUGGUCAUUUUCGACAGCUUGGCAACUGACGGCGGCCCUCUGCCCCUACCCGGCCCUUCACUCUCAAUCGUCUGCGUCCUCCUCAUCCUCGCCCGGGACCCACCUCCCCACGGUCUCGUCGGGGUGGAGGACGACGAGAAGAAGACGAGAGUCACCCUCCCUCCAGGCGGCGCCAGCCCCCUCACCCGCGGGUGUGUCCUAUAAAUGGCGUCGGAAAGCGACACCGAGGAAUUCUUUGAUGCCCCUGAAGAUGUGCACCUAGGGGGCGGCUACCCUGUAGGGUCUCCAGGAAAGGUUGGGAUUUCAACAUUAAAGGAAACAGAGAGCACAGCAUACAAAGUUGGAAAUGAGUCCCCUGUACAAGAAUUGAAACAAGAUGUGUCUAAAAAGAUUAUUGAAAGUAUUAUUGAGGAGAGUCAGAAAGUACUGCAGCUUGAAGAUGACUCUUUGGAUUCUAAAGAAAAAGGACACUCUGAUCAGGCUACUGCCAGUCCUCUGGUGGCUGGAACAGAUCUUAGCAAUAUACCUGGACUGUUAGCCGUAGAUCAAGUACUACAGGAAGAUUCCAGAAAGGCAGAGAAUCAGAAUGUAUUUGAAGAAACUGAAUUAGAAUCAAAAAGAUGUUUACCUUCUGAUGACACCUGUGAGAAACCAGUAGAUGAGACCACUAAGUUAACUGAAAUAAGUUCAACUAGGCAGCUAAAUGUGCCUGAAACUGAAACAGAAGUACUGAACAAGGAAGUGAUGGAAGGCAAAGAAAGUGAUGUUCUAGAACCUGUGUCCUCAAGCUCCUUACCUACUAAAGAUUUGGCUGCCCUGGAAGAAGCAGCACCUGCCAAACCCCCGAGACAGCUUACUCCAGAACCUGAUAUAGUGGCAAGUACAAAGAAGCCUGUUCCGGCGCGCCCUCCCCCUCCAGCUAACUUCCCACCUCCUAGACCCCCACCUCCAUCUCGACCUGCUCCACCGCCAAGAAAAAAGAAAAGCGAAUUGGAGUUUGAGGCUCUUAAAACACCUGAACUAGAUGUUCCCAAAGAGAAUAUUACAUCUGAUACUCUCCUAACUACAAACAUGGCUUCAGAAAGUACAGUCAAGGAUUCUCAGCCUUCUCUUGAUUUGGCAAGUGCUACCAGCGGAGAUAAAAUAGUUACUGCCCAGGAAAAUGGAAAAGCUCCUGAUGGGCAGACAAUAGCAGGUGAAGUGAUAGGCCCUCAGAGACCUAGAUCCAACUCUGGGAGAGAGCUUACUGAUGAGGAAAUUUUAGCCAGUGUAAUGAUUAAGAACCUGGAUACUGGAGAAGAAAUACCUUUGAGUCUUGCAGAAGAGAAACUACCAACAGGUAUUAACCCUCUCACUCUACACAUCAUGAGAAGAACUAAGGAAUAUGUAAGUAAUGACGCAGCACAGUCAGAUGACGAAGAGAAAUUACAGUCUCAACCAACAGAUACUGAUGGUGGAAGGUUAAAACAGAAAACGACUCAACUAAAGAAGUUCCUAGGAAAAUCAGUAAAGAGAGCAAAGCACCUUGCUGAGGAAUAUGGUGAACGUGCUGUAAAUAAAGUAAAAAGUGUUAGAGAUGAAGUGUUUCAUACUGAUCAAGAUGAUCCUUCAUCAAGUGAUGAUGAAGGAAUGCCAUACACAAGACCAGUUAAAUUCAAAGCAGCCCAUGGUUUCAAAGGGCCUUACGAUUUUGAUCAGAUCAAAGUGGUCCAAGAUCUUAGUGGUGAACAUAUGGGAGCUGUUUGGACCAUGAAAUUUUCUCACUGUGGCCGAUUACUUGCCUCAGCUGGACAAGACAACGUAGUAAGAAUAUGGGCUUUAAAAAAUGCUUUUGACUAUUUCAACAAUAUGCGAAUGAAAUACAACACUGAAGGACGUGUGUCCCCGUCACCUUCUCAGGAAAGUCUAAGCUCAUCAAAAUCUGAUACAGAUACAGGGGUAUGCAGUGGAGCUGAUGAAGACCCUGAUGAUAAAAAUGCACCAUUUCGGCAAAGGCCAUUUUGCAAAUAUAAAGGACAUACUGCUGAUCUCCUUGAUCUUUCAUGGUCUAAAAACUACUUUCUGCUUUCUUCUUCAAUGGAUAAAACAGUCAGGUUAUGGCACAUUUCCAGAAGAGAAUGCCUUUGCUGUUUUCAACAUAUAGAUUUUGUCACUGCCAUAGCUUUCCAUCCAAGAGAUGACAGGUAUUUUCUAAGUGGUUCAUUGGAUGGAAAGCUCCGCCUUUGGAACAUACCUGACAAAAAAGUGGCUUUGUGGAAUGAAGUAGAUGGUCAAACAAAAUUGAUCACAGCUGCAAAUUUCUGUCAGAAUGGCAAAUAUGCAGUGAUUGGGACAUAUGAUGGCAGAUGUAUUUUCUAUGAUACAGAGCAUUUGAAAUACCACACACAAAUACAUGUCCGAUCUACCAGAGGGCGCAACAAGGUUGGAAGAAAAAUCACUGGCAUUGAGCCUUUACCUGGAGAAAAUAAGAUACUGGUAACCUCUAAUGACUCCAGAAUCAGACUGUAUGAUCUUAGAGAUUUGUCACUGUCCAUGAAGUAUAAGGGUUAUGUCAACAGCAGCAGCCAGAUCAAGGCAAGUUUCAGCCAUGAUUUUAGUUACCUCGUUAGCGGCUCAGAAGAUAAGUAUGUUUAUAUCUGGAGUACUUACCAUGACCUAAGCAAGUUUACUUCAGUCAGGAGAGACCGUAAUGACUUUUGGGAAGGUAUCAAAGCACAUAAUGCAGUUGUUACAUCAGCCAUUUUUGCUCCAAACCCAAGUUUGAUGCUCUGUCUGGAUAUGCAAUCUGAAAAAUCAGAAGGGAAUGAUAAAGGUGAAGAUACUGAAGUUUUGGAUACCAUGUCCUCUGGUAUUAUGAAGAUGGAUAACACAGAAGUUCUUCUUUCUGCCGACUUCACUGGAGCAAUCAAAGUGUUUAUUAACAAAAGGAAAAAUGUAUCUUAAUUUGAAUUGACAUUUAAAAUAAACAUAUCAGUAAGUCUC